AUUAGCUCUAAUAAAGAAAACAUAUUUGUGUACUUUUACACAUGAACAUACAAAUUAGUGUCUAUUCAUUUUAUUAUUUAAUGAAAAUUAAGUUUGAGUUUACAUAUACUCGUUUGCUCUAUAUGCAAAUAGCUUUAAACGUCUUGACAUACUUUUCUGUAACUAGCGGCAUCAUUACAUGCGAAACGUAGUGAUACAAAUGAAAGAAACGUCAGACGUCAUAAUAUCGCGCAUUAUAAAGAAUGAAGACAAUGAUUGCCAAUGGAGAUGUUAAGUCCUUGGUUUUUUUUGCGACUGUGGUAAUUAACUUUUCUGAUUCCUUAAUUUUAGAGUGUCCUCCGGUAAAGGAAGGUGGAGUGGUAAUAGUCAAAACCUAUUUUCCUGAAAAUAAAUACCAAUUAAAAAAUGGCGAAUCAACACUUUUCUAUUACAGAAAUGAAGAACUAAUAGGUAAUUGUCAACUAAACGCAGGAAAUAUCUGCCAAAAUGAACACAAUGAUAAAAAUAUCAAUUUACAACAAAAUUUUACUGCUGGUCUAUACAACUCUACAAUAACAUCAAGUUCUAACACAACUUGGAGAAAAACGUCAAACGGUACUUUAUUUCAUGAAGUAUGGAAUGUGCGAUUGGAAGAUACAGAAAUCAAUAAAACAUGUGACAUCCAAUUAUAUGCUAUUUAUGACAAGCUUAAUUGUUCAAUCAAUUCAGCGCAGGAUCUUAAUAUAACAUGUUUUUUACAUGUAUUCCCUAAAGGAUUGUGUGAAUUCAACAUUACACUAAAUAAUUUUCUUAAUGUGACAGGGAGUGUAGUCUAUGACCAUGAACUUGUCAAAGACGCCUAUAAUACAUCUUGUACAUUUACACCUCACUCUAUGCCCGAAAAUGGAACUCUUGAUAUCUCUGUAGCUAUGUAUCCAAAUAUUACUGGUAAAACAGGUGAUCGAUCAUAUGGAAAAAACAUUCAAUUUUAUUAUCCAGAACUUAAAACAACAUCGACUACCUAUAUACUAACUUCUAAAGCAACUUCUAUAUCAACUAAUCAAACUAUUGAAAGAAUUAGUAGUAAAGAAAAAGAGUUGGUAUUGAUCAUAACAGCAUCUUCUAUUGGAUUGCUAAUUUUGACCACUACUGCUGUUAUCGUAAUAAUCCUAAUCGUCAAAAGAAGAGGAGAAAAUUUAGAGGAGAGUAACAGCUGCACCUAUUGUUGGUAUACAUCAUUAUAUAGAAGACAGUUUCUUCGUCAAAAAGUAACAGAAAUCGACAAUACUGAGAUUUUUUCUCUAACCUUACCCAAACCAAAACUCGAUGCAUAUUCAAAUGUCGCUAAGCUUCAGCUCUCUGACAUUCAAAUCAAUGCAAACAAAUUCAAUGCGGGCUAUGUAAACUGUACAAAGGUUGCAGAUUCAACUGACAAGAAUCAUAAGAAUAAUAACAUCCAUCUAAAAAGCGGACCAGCAUCGUACACAAGUCCUGCUAAAUUUAAUAAAUAAUUAAUGGAAGCCAGUAUUUGUUUGUCAAUAAGCUAUAUAUUGGAUACAUCUAGUCAUCCAUGUUAAUUAAUGACGUAAAGUCUGCUAAGUCAUUGGUUUUCCAAUCCAUUCUUUACUGGCACCAGUGGAAAAGAAGCACUUGUACGAAUUUUUCUUAUUAUAUAGAAUAGGAAAUGUGCCUUUAUUUUUGUGUCUUUUUGAAAAUUUAAUCAGUUGUUUUUUUUUUCUUUUUGUAAAUUAUGAUUCAGUGUUACUUUACUUUUUAUUGUUCGGUCAUGAUCGAUGUUUCUUAUGUUUUAGACUUUGUUUAAAACCAAGCAAUAUGUCUUUGUCUAAUAGGGCUGAGAAUGCUGAUGGAAACUAUUUAUUACAAAUGUUAACUUUAAUGUCCUUAUUAUUGAGUGCUAAACUAUCAUCACCAUUUAAAUGAGAUACUUCUGUUGUUUACAUUUUUUUUUAAAUGUAGAUAUGCUCACUACAUUAAAUAUUUUUCAUUUAAUUAUUUAAAUCUAGCUAAACUUACAAGUCACUGACAAUGUACUUUUAAUUGUGUUUUUAUUUUAAAAGUUAAGUUCUUUUGUAGCAAUCAUCAAUCAUAACUUGUCUCCAGUAUAACAUUUCUUCAUGCAUUAAAAAGUUUCUUCUAGAUAAAAGAUUAAAAUAUUCUUCGCUAUAUGAAUAAUCACUUAGAAAACCUAACUUUUAAAUUUAAAAGAUGUUUAGAUUUUUUUAAUGCAAGAUACUGUAUAUAGCUAUGUUUCCUGAUAAUAUGGAUAUGAUUUGAAAUUUCAUUUUAAAAUUUAAACAAAAAUAUUGUGAUGUUAGAUUUAUGAGGUUUGGUUCUCAUCUAAAAAUCAUAACAAAAAAAAAACUAAAAAAAAAAUAUUUUAAUGAAUUAUUAAUUUUUGAAGAAAGUACAAUCUUUUUUUUCUGUCUAUUUAAUGGCGCGCUUUCUUUCGUUCAACGUUCUUCAAUAGUAUAAUAAUAAUAAUACAUAUUUUUAUAUAUUUGUUUACAAUUUAUAUAUAUAAAAAAACUACGACAGGAGUAACGAGAUGAGAGUCAAGAGUUUAUAAUAAAGGGUUUUUUUUAUUAAUAGAUAUUUCCACCUAACCAUAACAUAGGUAAAGCAAAGAAGAAAGGGCGGGGCACGAAGGAGCUAAUUAUAAAUCUAAAGCAAACUGAUUUAUGUAUAAAAUGGUCUUGAAACAAGUGUGUCCAGUAUUAUUAUUAUUAUUUUACUUUUAAUGUAAUUAAAUUUUUAGAAAUAAUAUUGGCUGUAAAUGUUGUAACUGAAAUUUAUCAAUCAAUGUAUCAAUAUAUAUAUUUAUAUAUAAUUACUUUGUUACUAAAUUCAUAUUAUUAUUAGAAAUACAAUUUUCAUAUUAUUUAAUUAUAUUGGACAGGUAUGCUAUUUUUAAUUGAUAACAAAUAAAGCAAUUCUUAAUACGUGACAUAUAAAAAUAAACCAGAAGCAAAAUUGUAUCGUAUUUGAAUAAAAAGAAAAGUUACGAGAAUACAAAAUAACUCCUUGAAAAAAAUAAUUCAAUUUAGAUUUGUAUGCCCAUAGUAAAGGGAGGCUACUCUACAUAGUUAAAGUAGGUUACACUUAAUGCAAAAACACAGGUAGAUGAAAAAAAAUGCAUUACCUUGCAUAGAAGCAACAUAGUUUGCCAUUGUUUUUUAGUUUAAGUAGAAUAUAAUAUACUAAUCGACCGGCGGCGUAGCAUACGCGCUAUUUUGCAGAGCUGGUCUUAGUCACUGCAACCUAUGUGACCGAAUGAUCCACACUUUCUUGGGACCUGCGCUAAUUCAAGGUGUAUUAAUUAUUAGAUCAAACCAUUUUAUAGCUUAAAACAGAUUUCCCGCGCCCUCUUGUCGAUUUACCAGGAGCUCCUGGAAAUCUCCCGAAAUUGCAAAAUAUACGAAAAAAGUCCUUAAAAUAUACGGAAAUAUAUAGAAAAAAGUCAUUUUGGUGUAUUAUUCAAUAUGGAAAACGCCAAUCCAACCCGCGAUAAAUAAAAACGGCAUUAUGCACUAGCCGUAAUUGUGUAAUCUGUUGAAAGAAGCUUCUCGCGCCUCAAACUAAUGAAGAAUUACUUGAGGUCAACAAUUCUCAAAGAUAGAUUGAAACAUUUGGUAAUUAUUGCUAUUGAGCGGGAUCUAUGGAGGAAACAUAAUUAUUAUAAUAUACUGUAUGACUUUGCUAAAUAUGCUAUUCAUUGCACUUUAUUAAUGGAGCCCAGAAAACGGUAACUAUAUUUUUGUAUACUUGUUUAUUGAAUGUGGAAGGGAAACCGCAAGAUCCCUUUUAGCUAAGCUCAUUAAAUUUAGUAAUUGUAGCUUUUCCUUUUUCUUUUGCUACAAAUGGGGGGGGGUUAACAUUCAAACCCCUCUUGGUAACGCUUAUAAUGGAAUAUGGUCUUUGUAGUUUGCUUUCGAUCUUUUAUUGACAAUGGAGUUUUAUUGCCAAAACCAUUUGUUAGGCGGUUUUAAACUCAAAACCAUCUGGAGGUUGUUUUUAACACAAACCACUGUUGGCUACGUACAUAGAAUUCGACGUCUGUAUUUUACAUUUGUUUAAUAUUGAAGAGGGUGUUUUCAACUCAAAACAUGCUUGAGUAGGGUUUUAAUUAAACUACACACCCACUGGAGGGGUUUAAACUAAAAACCUGCUGGAGGGGGAUUUAAACUAAAAACCCUCUCAGGGGGUUUUAAACUGAAAACCUCUCUAGGCUACGUUCAUAGAAUUUGUUGACUGUAGCUGACUUUAUUUUAUAUUGAAGAGGGGGGAUAAGGGGGAUAAGGCUUAAACCAUAAACCCCCAACGGUUUUACAGUAGAAGUGAUGGAUUAAAAUUAUAAUCUCUAUUAUAAUAAACAAAAUUAAAGCAAAGAAACAGUCACAUAAUUCCACCCCUCUUUUGCUGGGGGGAUUUAUAUAAAUUUAAAUUCGUGUCUGAAAAGUAAAGAGAUGUGAAGUACAUUACAUGGUUCUAUCUCUUAUCUAUUAGUUUUAUCACAUCUAUAGCGCAGACGUUACUUUUUAGCUGUUUUAAGUUCCCUUUCAGUCGUCUACGCCGGUCCUCAGCAGUAGAUUUUCAUUUAGUUUCAAAUGUGUUUCCAUAAGGCUAUGUCACAGAUCUCCAUUUUGAAGCACCCAGAUGUCAGGUACUUUCCUCUAUGCCAGUUAAAGCAAAGCUUGACUCUUGGGCUUCAAAUUACCUUUUUUAUAACGUAAAUUAAACUGUAUUAUUCUUUUUUGAUAAAGUUGCUGUUAAAUUAAGCAAUGCAUAAAGUAUAUGAAAUAAAAGUUUUUGGUAAAAAUCAAA